CUGAGCAUUUACUACGAAACCAAGCACUUACUACAUCUGUAGUCUCAUUGAGCUCAAGGGACUAUGCCCUGCAAUAGUCAGUAAUGCCAAUAUAUUGACAUUUAUGGACUUGGCACAUUUGUUUGAUUCUACCAAUCAUGUUGUUUUGUUGUGAAUUCCAUAUUUUUCUAUAAGAUACAACUUUCCCCAGAAGAAUGAAUCAGGCUUUCUUCAGAACCAGUUAACACUACACCUUAAUGAAUUUGAAUGAUGUGAGGCAUUCAAAAUGCUGCUGUUAAACACCGGAGCCAUCAGAGUUGCCGUCACUCCUGCAUCAGAAUCUCUGAGUGGAGCAAGUGAACUUGAGCACAAGAACCAAGAUGUGGCUAUUCAUUACAGUGGCAUAUUUGUUCCAAGGAACUGUAUCUUUAGAGAAACUCAUAAGAAUGAAGAGAGAUCACGUGGAUCCUGAGGCAUAUAUGAACAUUAGCGAGCUCAUUACCUAUAGAGGGUACCCCAGUGAGGAGCAUGAAGUGGUGACGGAAGAUGGCUAUAUCCUUAGCAUUAACAGAAUCCCUUAUGGAAUAGAAAAUCAGGGGAAUACGGUUGUAAAGCCUGCUGUAUUUCUUCAACAUGGAUUACUAGGAGAUGCUAGCAACUGGGUCACAAACCUGGCCAACAAUAGCCUGGGCUUCAUACUAGCAGAUGCUGGCUAUGACGUUUGGAUGGGAAACAGCAGAGGGAACACCUGGUCUAGAAGACACCUCAAUCUUUCUGUUGAGCAAGAUGAGUUCUGGUCUUUCAGUUUUGAUGAGAUGGCCAAGUUUGACCUUCCAGCAGUGCUAAACUUUAUUAUGCAGAAAACUGGACAAGAGCAGUUGUACUAUGUUGGCUAUUCACAGGGUGCCGCUAUAGCUUUCAUUACAUUUUCAACGAUGCCCCAGCUGGCUAAAAGAAUCAAACUGUAUUUUGCCUUAGCCCCUGUAACUACAGUUAAAUAUGCCAGAAGCCCUGCAGUAAAACUCCUGUAUCUUCCUGAAAAGUUUCUCAGGGUCUUGCUUGGCAGAAGGGAAUUAUUUCACCAAAGUGAAUGGCUGAGAAAGCUAAUUGUUUCCUUUUGUGGCCGCGGUAUUUUUACUAAGCUUUGUGGAAAUGUCUUCUUCAUUCUGGGAGGCUACAAUGUAAAUAACAUAAAUAUGAGUCGUGUUAAUGUAUACGUAGCCCGAGCCCCAGCAGGAACAUCUGUACAAAAUGUAAUCCACUGGAGCCAGAUAUUUAAUUCAGGGGAAUUCCAAGCUUAUAACUGGCGCAGUCAAACCAAGAAUAUGGCGAAAUUUGGUCAGGCCACCCCUCCUUUAUACAAGAUAAAAGAUAUGACAGUGCCAACUGCAAUAUGGACUGGUGGAAAAGACUUGCUUGCAGACUUAAAGGAUGCUAAUGUUUUACUCCCUCAAAUUAUUAAUCUUGUUCAUUACAAAAACAUUCCUGAAUGGGCACAUCUGGAUUUCAUCUGGGGGCUGGAUGCGCCGCUGCGCAUGUACAGUGAAAUUAUUGAUCUAAUGGAGAAGAAUCCAUAAACCGCACAAACUAGCCAUGGUUUAGGUUAAUGAUGGAUUCCACUGAUGAAGCUUGUUUUCUCUGUGUAAGGAAAGAGGCCUAUUUUCCUUUUUAUAAAAAAGUUAACCCUUCUACUGACUCCAUUAUUUACUAUGAUUGGCUGUAUUUUCACUGCAUUUGUUGUUGUCAUAUUUUCCAUCCUCCUGGUGAUUUUCCUUAAAUACACUAUCACCUCAG